GUCCGCGGUGCUGAACGGAGUUGACCUUCUCUCCCCGAGCGGAAAAUCAAGCCUCCUGCAUCACACAGUAAAGGUGGCAAAGCAAAGCGUCACAGGCCACCACUACACAUGCGGACAGCUGCCGGGCUUGACUGAGUCAGCCGGACAAUCUGCUCUUUCAUGGCUGUGGCACGCAAAAUCAAAACUUUGCUGACCGUCAACAUUUUGGUGUUCGUGGGGAUUAUUCUGUUCUCGGUAUACUGCAGGAUCCAGGAUAGGUCCGAGGAGCUCAUCCAAAUUGGGCGUAUUUCUGACCAGAGGCUGCGAGCCAGGAAUGGCAAAGUUUCCAACUUGGUGGACAGGCAGUCUAUUCUGCAGAGGCUGGAGAGGCUGGAGGACGUGGUCUACAACCAGCUGAACGGUUUGGCAAAGCCCAUGGGGCUAGUUGAGGGCCCCGGAGGCCUUGGCCAGGGGGGAGCUGCUGCCACUCUGGGAGAGGACAGUCGAGAUGCUGAGGGGAAAUACGAGGAGUACGGCUAUAACGCUCAGCUCAGUGAUCGCAUCUCCCUGGACAGAAGCAUCCCAGACUACAGACCUAAAAAGUGUAAGCUGCUGACGUACGCAGAAGACCUUCCUCAGAUCUCUGUGGUCUUCAUAUUUGUCAACGAGGCUCUGUCAGUGAUCCUGCGCUCCGUCCACAGUGUGGUCAACCACACACCGGGACACCUGCUCAAGGAGAUCAUCCUGGUGGACGACAACAGCGACAGCGUGGAGCUGAAAUUUAACCUGGACCAGUACGUGAACAAGCGCUACCCCGGCCUGGUAAAGAUUGUGAGGAACACCAAGCGGGAGGGCCUGAUCCGAGCCAGGAUACACGGCUGGAAUGCUGCCACAGCUCCUGUCGUCGGCUUCUUUGAUGCCCAUGUGGAGUUCAACAUUGGCUGGUCUGAACCCAUCCUGACCCGGAUGAAGGAGGAUCACACCCGCAUCAUCCUCCCCGCCAUCGACAACAUCAAGUACAACACGUUUGAGGUGCAGCAGUACGCCAAUGCCGCCCAUGGCUACAACUGGGGCCUGUGGUGCAUGUACAUCAUACCCCCACAGGAGUGGCUGGACAAGGGCGAUGAGACAGCCCCCAUCAGAACUCCGGCCAUGAUCGGCUGCUCCUUUGUGGUUGAUCGGGAAUACUUUGGCGAGAUCGGUCUGCUGGAUCCCGGCAUGGAGGUCUACGGAGGCGAGAACAUCGAGCUGGGCAUGCGGGUUUGGCAGUGCGGAGGGAGUAUGGAAGUCCUGCCGUGUGCCAGAGUGGCCCACAUCGAGCGAACCAAGAAGCCCUACAACAAUGACAUAGAUUACUACGCUAAGCGCAAUGCCCUGCGGGCGGCUGAGGUGUGGAUGGAUGAAUACAAAUCCCACGUCUACAUGGCCUGGAACAUUCCCAUGAAUAACCCGGGGGUAGAUUUUGGGGAUGUCUCGGAGCGUUUGGCCUUAAGGAAGAGGCUGCAAUGUCGGAGUUUCCGAUGGUACCUUGAACACGUCUACCCAGAGAUGCGGAUCUACAACAACACCAUCACAUACGGGGAGGUGAGGAACAGCAAAGCUAGCGGGUACUGCUUGGAUCAGGGCUCCGAGGACGACGACAAAGCCAUCCUCUAUCCCUGCCAUGGCAUGUCUUCUCAGCUUGCCCGUUACUCUACCGAGGGGCUGCUUCAGCUGGGACCUCUGGGGUCGACCACCUUCCUGCCUGACACAAAAUGCCUGGUUGAUGAUGGCAGAGGACGAACUCCUAGACUAAAAAAAUGUGAAUCAGUCUCAAGGAUUUCUCAGAGACUUUGGGACUUCACACAGAAUGGUCCAAUCAUUAGCCGGGACACGGGUCGAUGCUUGGAGGUAGAAAUGUCCAAAGAUGCCAACUUCGGCCUCCGCUUGGUGGUCCAGAGGUGCUCGGGUCAGAAGUGGAUGAUACGAAACUGGAUUAAGCAUCCGAGGCACUGAAGCCAGAAAACAACCACUGAGACGUUUUGGGCAGAGUUUCAAGUCGCAGUAGGAUCUCAAACUGUGGACAGCUCAGAGAGGAGUGUGGACCAGUGGUGUUCGAGUGUGGUAUUUCACACUACACACACUGAGCUCCCCCUCAGGCCGCAGAGAUUUCUAAUGCUGAAUAAGAUCAACUCAUGUGUUCUACUAAGCUGUGCGUUCACAGAGACCUUAAAGUGAGCUGCUCUGUAUGAAAUGACAGACAUUCAGCUACAUGUAUAAAACAGAGAAACAAGAAACUUGAGUGCAGCCCCUGAAGGCGGACCAAGAUCCUCGUAACUCUUUUGUUUUUGCUGUAAAACUCUCAGAUCUUUGAAGACACGAAAGAGUGUGUGUGAGUGAGUGUGUGUGGAGAUUUUUUUUUCACAUAGCAUUUGAGCAAAUCAAAAGAUAUGAUUGCUGUCAAUUGCUACAUCAGAGUGAUUAUUUUGGGCUGUGAUUUGGCAAAUUGCUUUGGACAUAUUUUGCUGCCCUGGCAAGACAUGUGAUCAUCUUUCGAGAGGGCUGCCCAUCAUCUGACCGGGAGGAGAGGUUUCACCUGCGCUCACACAGACUACAUUUCUUUGUUUCUUUGAAGUGUAUUGCUCACUGUGGACAGGAGCAAUCAUGUGCCUUUUUCCUCAUUUUUUCUGCUCAUUCUGACCAGGGAAUGUCAGUCCCAGAAGCAUGUACAAAAUUAUUUGAAAGUUAUUAAUAUAUAAAACAAUGUAUAAAUCAGUCUAAUGAUAGUAAUAUAUUGUAAAAAGUGAAAAAUUGAUAUCCGUCCUCUGAUAACAAUUAGGAUAAUAAAAUCAUUUUUAUGAUGCGCCA